AUGGGAGACUCCAAAGUGAAAGUGGCCGUCCGGAUCCGGCCCAUGAACCGAAGAGAAAUUGACUUGCACACCAAAUGUGUGGUGGAUGUAGACGCAAACAAGGUUAUUCUCAAUCCUGUAAAUACCAACCUUUCCAAAGGCGAUGCCCGAAGCCAACCAAAGGUGUUUGCAUAUGAUCACUGCUUCUGGUCCAUGGAUGAGUCUGUCAGAGAAAAGUACGCAGGUCAAGAUGAUGUUUUCAAGUGCCUUGGUGAGAAUAUCCUGCAGAAUGCUUUUGAUGGCUACAAUGCAUGUAUCUUUGCCUAUGGACAGACUGGAUCUGGAAAAUCUUACACUAUGAUGGGCACAGCUGACCAACCUGGAUUAAUCCCAAGACUCUGCAGUGGGCUCUUUGAGCGAACCCAGAAAGAGGAAAAUGAAGAGCAGAGUUUUAAAGUAGAAGUGUCCUACAUGGAAAUUUAUAAUGAAAAAGUUAGAGACCUUCUUGAUCCCAAAGGAAGCCGUCAGACGUUAAAAGUCAGAGAGCACAAUGUGUUGGGACCGUAUGUGGAUGGACUGUCUAAACUGGCUGUCACAAGCUACAAGGAUAUCGAGUCUUUGAUGUCCGAGGGUAACAAAUCCCGUACAGUUGCUGCAACCAACAUGAAUGAGGAGAGCAGCCGAUCACAUGCGGUGUUCAAAAUCACCCUCACACAUACUUUAUACGAUGUGAAGUCUGGGACUUCUGGAGAGAAAGUGGGCAAGCUGAGCUUGGUUGAUUUAGCUGGCAGCGAGCGAGCAACGAAAACAGGAGCGGCAGGUGACCGGCUGAAAGAGGGCAGCAACAUCAACAAGUCCCUCACAACCCUGGGUCUGGUUAUCUCAGCCCUAGCAGAUCAGGGUGCUGGCAAAAGCAAGAAUAAAUUUGUUCCAUACCGUGAUUCAGUUCUCACUUGGCUGCUCAAAGACAGCCUUGGGGGUAACAGCAAGACUGCCAUGGUAGCUACUGUGAGCCCUGCAGCUGACAACUAUGACGAAACCCUUUCAACCUUACGGUAUGCGGAUCGUGCCAAGCACAUCGUGAACCACGCCGUGGUGAACGAGGAUCCCAACGCACGAAUUAUCCGGGAUCUCCGGGAAGAAGUAGAAAAACUCCGUGAGCAGCUAACCAAAGCGGAGGCAAUGAAAUCUCCAGAGCUGAAAGACCGACUGGAAGAGUCAGAGAAGCUAAUCCAGGAAAUGACUGUGACCUGGGAGGAGAAACUAAGGAAAACCGAGGAGAUAGCCCAGGAGCGACAGAAACAGCUUGAGAGUCUUGGAAUCUCUCUUCAAUCGUCUGGAAUUAAAGUUGGGGAUGAUAAAUGUUUCCUCGUUAAUCUGAAUGCUGAUCCUGCUCUGAAUGAACUUCUGGUUUAUUACUUAAAGGAACAUACACUGAUAGGUUCAGCAAAUUCCCAAGAUAUCCAACUGUGUGGCAUGGGAAUUCUCCCUGAACAUUGUAUCAUAGACAUCACACCAGAAGGCCAGGUUAUGCUGACUCCUCAAAAGAACACCAGAACAUUUGUAAAUGGCUCCUCUGUAUCCAGUCCUAUUCAGCUGCACCACGGGGACAGGAUAUUGUGGGGGAACAACCACUUCUUCAGACUUAAUUUGCCUAAAAAGAAAAAGAAAGCAGAUCGAGACGAUGAGGAACAAGACAUAUCCAUGAAGAAUGACACCAGUUCUGAGCAGCUGGAUGUUGACGGAGACUCGUCCAGUGAGGUGUCCAGUGAGAUCAACUUCAAUUAUGAGUACGCCCAGAUGGAGGUGACCAUGAAGGCGCUGGGCAGUAACGAUCCCAUGCAGUCAAUACUGAACAGCCUGGAACAACAGCACGAAGAGGAGAAACGGUCUGCGCUGGAGCGCCAGAGGCUCAUGUACGAACAUGAGCUAGAGCAGCUCCGGAGACGGCUGUCCCCCGAGAAGCAGAACUGUCGUAGUUCCGACAGGUUUUCUUUCCACUCCCCCAGCGCUCAGCAGCGACUGCGGCAGUGGACGGAAGAGAGAGAAGCAACACUGAGUAACAGCCUGAUGAGGCUGAGGGAGCAAAUUGUGAAAGCCAACCUGCUGGUGAGAGAAGCCAGUUACAUUGCGGAAGAGCUGGAUAAACGGACGGAAUACAAAGUAACCCUCCAGAUUCCCGCCUCCAGUCUUGAUGCCAACAGGAAGCGAGGCUCUCUCCUCAGUGAACCUGCCAUCCAGGUGAGAAGGAAGGGGAAAGGGAAGCAGAUCUGGUCUCUGGAAAAACUGGACAACAGGUUACUAGAUAUGAGAGACCUUUAUCAGGAGUGGAAGGAAUGCGAAGAAGACACCCCGGUGAUACGGUCUUACUUCAGGCGUGCAGAUCCAUUCUAUGACGAACAGGAAAAUCACAGUCUCAUUGGGGUGGCCAACGUCUUCCUUGAGUCCCUCUUCUAUGAUGUGAAGUUACAGUAUGCCGUGCCGAUCAUCAACCAGAAAGGAGAGGUGGCUGGCCGGCUGCACGUGGAAGUGAUGCGCCUCAGUGGUGACGUCGGGGAGAGGAUUGCCGGGGGGGACGAGUCCAUGGAUGCCUCCUUGGAUAAGGAGACCCAGGAGAACAGGCUCGUAUGCAUGGUGAAAAUACUUCAAGCCACUGGGUUGCCGCAGCAUCUGUCCCACUUCGUGUUCUGCAAAUACGACUUCUGGGAUCAACAGGAGCCAGUCAUCGUUGCUCCUGAGGUGGACACCUCGUCUUCUCCCAUCAGCAAGGAGCCUCAGUGCAUGGUUGUCUUUGAUCACUGCAAUGAGUUUUCUGUUAGCGUCACUGAAGACUUUAUUGAGCAUCUUUCAGAAGGGGCAUUGGCAAUUGAAGUCUAUGGCCAUAAGAUGAAUGAUCCUCGGAAAAACCCAGCCCUGUGGGAUUUGGGGAUUAUCCAAGCCAAAACACGCAGUCUUCGGGACAGGUGGAGCGAAGUCACCAGGAAAGUGGAGUUUUGGGUUCAAAUCUUGGAGCAGAAUGAGAGUGGUGAGCACUGCCCCGUAGAGGUGGUUCCUGCAAAGGACGUGCCGACAGGCGGGAUCUUCCAACUCCGGCAGGGGCAGUCCCGGCGAGUCCAGGUGGAAGUGAAGUCUGUGCAGGAAUCGGGGACUCUGCCGCUGAUGGAGGAGCGUAUCCUGUCGGUCGGCAUCGGGUGUGUGAAAGUCAGGGCGCCACGGUCACCGAAGACCCACGAGACCGUCCAUGAGGAAGAGGAGGACAUGGACAGCUACCAGGAUCGGGAUUUAGAGAGACUCCGUAGAAAAUGGCUAAAUGCAUUAACAAAACGUCAGGAGUAUUUAGAUCAACAACUGCAAAAGCUUGUCAGUAAACCUGAUAAAACAGAGGAUGAUGCCGACCGUGAAGCUCAGCUCCUAGAGAUGAGGCUGACUCUGACGGAGGAGAGGAACGCAGUCAUGGUCCCCUCGGCUGGCAGCGGGAUUCCAGGGGCCCCAGCAGAAUGGACCCCAGUUCCUGGGAUGGAAACACACAUUCCUGUCAUAUUCCUUGACUUAAAUGCUGAUGAUUUCAGCUCUCAGGAUAAUCUCGAUGACCCCGAAGCCAGUGGAUGGGAUGCUACCCUCGCUGGGGAAGAGGAGGACGAGUUCUUUGAGCUGCAGAUCGUGAAACAGCAUGACGGAGAGGUGAAAGCGGAAGCCUCCUGGGACUCGGCCGUGCAUGGCUGCCCUCAGCUGAGUAAAGGCACCCCCAUGGACGAGCGGGUGUUUCUCAUCGUGCGGGUGACUGUCCAGCUCAGCCAUCCAGCCGACAUGCAGUUGGUAUUGCGCAAGCGCAUUUGUGUUAAUGUUCACGGCCGGCAGGGUUUUGCUCAGAGUCUCCUCAAAAAGAUGUCACAUCGAAGUUCUAUUCCAGGCUGUGGAGUGACUUUUGAAAUUGUCUCCAAUAUUCCAGAGGAUGCUCAGGGAGUCGAGGAACGAGAGGCGUUAGCAAGGAUGGCAGCUGACGUGGAAAACACGGCGUCUGCCGACUCGGAAGCGUACAUCGAGAAGUACCUCAGGAGUGUGCUGGCGGUGGAGAAUCUCCUCACGCUGGACCGCCUCCGCCAGGAGGUUGCCGUGAAGGAACAGUUGACGGGAAAAGGGAAGCUGAGCAGGAGGAGUAUCAGCUCUCCUAAUGUGAACAGAUUGUCUGGCAGCCGCCAGGAUCUUAUCCCAUCCUCCAGUCUAGGUAGCAAUAAGGGCCGGUGGGAAAGUCAACAGGACGUAUCGCAAACUGCAGUUUCCAAAGGAAUCGCUCCAGCUGCCCCAGCACUCCGUGGUUCUCCCCAGAGGAACCAUUCUCCUGAUCCAGGACUCAGUAGCCUCGCGGCCUCCUACUUGAACCCGGUGAAAUCUUUGGUGCCGCAGAUGCCGAAGCUGCUGAAGUCUCUUUUCCCGGUCCGUGACGAGAAAAGGGGCAAACAGCUGUCUCCCCUCGCGCAUCAGCCCGUGCCCCGAAUCAUGGUGCAGCCGGCCCUUCCGGACGCCGGGUCACCCAGGAUGGCCGAGGCUCAGCGGGAGAACGGGGGGCUGCGCGUGGCCCCCAGCAUGCCUGUGGCCCCGCCGGCCACCCCUGCGCCCAGGACCUGUGAUGGGUCCCCGAGAGUGACACCCACCUCUCCAGCCCCCGAGGGUGGGGAUGGGCCCCCCAGCCCCCUGAGCGAAGCGUCCAGCGGCUAUUUCUCGCACAGCGUCUCCACCGCCACCCUGUCGGAUGCCUGUGGCCCGGGUCUGGAUGCCAUGGCCUCGACCCCUCCGGGCCCCGGCCUGGCCACCCUCGAGCCCCCAGCCACCUUGGUGGAGGGAAAGGCACCGGGCAAUGGUGCAGCCCUGGCCCCAGUCGGGGUGUCUGCAGAGAAGCAGAACAAGGCAGCGGGCCCCCCACCACCCAACCAGGCAAGCAGGAGCUACCCUGCUGCCCCCCAGAAGCCAGAGAACACUCAGCCCCAGGUGAAACCAGUUGCUGGCCCAGAGUCCGACAUCUCCAGGCCACCGCCUUCAGACCCCCGGUUCCAGUUGCCCGCUCCCACCUCUCCAUUCAGGAUCCAGAAGGUGCGGACCUCGGAGCUGAAGUCGUUCACGCGCAUGCUUGGCGGAGACCCCGGCAGCCCCUCGGGGACCACGGAGGACCCACUGGCCUCAGGGGACCUGGGGGACGGCGGCGCUGGGGCUCAGGCCCUGGGAAAGCUGGAAGUCUCCUCGGAUUCUGAAGAAACCAGUGAGGUCCCAGAGUGGCUCAAGGAGGGGGAGUAUGUGACGGUGGGCACCAACAAGACGGGCAUCGUGAGAUACGUGGGACCCACCGACUUUCAGGAGGGCACCUGGGUUGGAGUGGAGCUGGACUUACCUUCAGGUAAGAAUGACGGCUCCAUCGGCGGGAGGCAGUACUUCAAGUGCAACCCGGGCUACGGCUUGCUGGUGAGGCCGGACCGCGUGCGCAGGGCAGCAGGCACGGGGCGGAGGCGCAGCGCGGGGCUCCGUCUGCAGGGCGCCCCCGAGCCCCGCAGGAGUGGCCUGCUCUCUGGCUCCGCCAGCAACCUGGCCUCGCUGACGGCGGCGCUGGCCAAGACCGAGGGCACGGCACUGAGGGCCGAGCGCGGCCACAGGAACCCCGAGAACCGCAAGUCCUGGGCCAGCUGA